CUACCAGCGAGUUCUUAUCUUGCCAAUGAAGCAUAUGUGUUAUCCCGAAAAAUAGCAAGCCUGCGAAGUACAGCGAAGUACAGUACUGCACAUAGUAGUUCUGUGCAAUGCUUGAUUGGGGUAACCCCAAUCGACUCAGUCGCUACUUGAUAACGAUGAUGAGGGGCUGUGAGGGGAAGUCUUCAUACCCGGCCAACUUGGCCUAGGGGAAACGACCAUCUUACAUUCGACUCCUUUGGAAUCAUUCUGUCGUAUCUAACCCUACUGCUUACUUCUAUUCGACCAACCAACAUGGCUUCACUGAAUGACGAAAAGCUCUUACAUGACAUCCGCCCGAAGGUGUUAACCCAACCACUACACAACAGCAUCCCUCCGGAGCUGCUGUCGCGAUUUGACCCGAUCUUUGUUGAGAACCAUAACAAAUAUAACGCGGGAAGGCUUCAUACCCAUGAGGUUCCCAUUGAGGAGUUCCGUCGCAAUCCAGCCAAAUAUGCCAUCAGCUAUGGCCGUGCGAGCGGUCCAAACAUCUACCGCAUCUCUGAACAGAAAUGCCCCGUCCAAGGGGGAGAGAUAAGAGUACGCAUCUUCGAACCUGAAACCGUGGUCGACGAGCAUGGUAAGAUCCAGAAGAGGGCGGCUUAUAUCAAUUUCCACGGCGGUGGGUGGGUGUUCGGUGACCUAUCGAAGGAUCACGACUUCUGUAAGAGAGUCGUCGACGGGCUGGAAGGGCAGCUGGUGGCCUUUGAUGUCGACUACAGACUAGCCCCAGAGCAUCAAUACCCAGCACCGGUGGAUGAUUGCUGGACAGCGAUCAACUGGGUCCGGUCAAGGGCCGAGGAGUUCAAUAUCGACCUCGAUCGAAUGGCGGUCGGAGGCAUGUCAGCAGGUGGACAUUUGGCAGCCGUCAUGGCUCAUCUCUGCCGUGACGCCCGCAUUCCCUUGCGACUGCAGGUGCUGAAUGUACCGGUGUGCGAUCUACACAGUCCGUUCAAGCCAGAUGGCACGUUCGAUCGGGAUGGCUGCCCAUAUGAGUCGUACAAAGAGAUGGAGUUUACGGUGCCUCUGCCAGUAGCGCGCAUGUCCUACUUUCACAGACAUUUUCUGGGGGUCCCGAGGCCAGCCACAUCAGAGGAGGACUGGAAAAUCUCCCCCAUCUUGGCUCCCAAUUUUGCUGGGCUGGCGCCUGCAUUGGUCUUCACUGCUGAAAUGGAUCCUCUGCGGGAUGAAGGUGAAGUUUAUGCUGCCAAGCUGAAAGCUGCAGGAUGUUCGGUGGAGUUGAUGCAGAUGAAGGGUGCACCCCAUACCUUCGCUCUGCUAGACGGGAUACUAGAAUCGGGGCGGGUGUAUAAUGAGAAAGUGAUUGAAGGACUGAAGGCGGUCGUCGCGAUCAACUAGGAGUGCUGCCGCUGCGUCAUGCAUAUUCGGUAGAAUGGAUGGCGGUGUAGGAGAAAUGCGGAGAGAAUCUGAGGAUCAUGGUUUAUCCGGGUGGUCUUAUUUCCAUACAUUACACCGUACUGCUGCAUCACGCACCAAGAACCGGGACCAAAACAAACUGCCGCCUGUAAUGACGG